AUGGCUCUUCUUCACUUGGGUUUUCACGGGUCCAAAACUGACCCGUCCUUAUUCAUUCUCAAUUCAAGUGGCAUGCUUGUCUAUCUUCUUGUGUAUGUAGACGACAUUAUCAUUACAUGUAAUCAUUCUGGGGCUGUUAAUGAUGUUAUUAAAGAUCUCAGCUCUAUGUUUGCACUCAAAGAUUUGGGUCAGUUACAUUAUUUCUUGGGCAUUGAAGUGGUGCAUCAUGGUUCUGAUCUGGUUUUGUCUCAACGCAAAUAUAUUCUUGAUAUUCUUCACCGAGCAGGUCUCGCUGACUGCAAACCCGUAUCAUCCCCUAUGAGUACCUCUCAUGUCUUCUUACUUGAUGAUAGUCCUUUACUUGAUGAUCCUUCCAGAUACAGGCAGACGGUAGGUGCUCUUCAAUAUGCAACCUUAACUCGCCCGGACAUUGCCUUUGCAGUUAAUAAGGUGUGCCAAUUUAUGCAUGCUCCUACUGAGAAUCACUGGGCUGGUGUGAAGCCUACUAUUAUCUGA